GCACACACACCCAGACACCUUAGUCCUUGUCUCUCUCUCCUUCUCUCCAAAAAUAAACAAAUAACAAACCCAAAAAGAAAAGGGAAGGAGAAGGUGACCCAUUUAUUAAGAAUCCAUCUCCAACUCCAAUUACAAUUCCAAUUCCAAUCCCAGUUCAUCCAUUCCCAUUCCCAUUCCCAAACGGCCACCUCCUCUCGCCAGCCACUGAGAAAGAAAGCAGCACAAGCACACAGGAAGAGAGCUCGUCGGCGGCCAUGAGCAAGGACUGCGGCAACCACGGCGACGACGACGUGCGGCAGGCGUGCCGGCGGCUGCUGGCGGUCCUGCUGGGGCUGGCCUUCGUGGUGGCCAUCAUCGCGCUGAUCGUGUACCUGGUGCUCCGGCCGACGCACCCGCGGUUCUUCCUGCAGGACGCGACGCUCCGGCAGCUGGACGGCUCCAAUGCGUCGGCGCUCCUCUCCACCUCCAUCCAGGUGACCCUCGCCUCGCGCAACCCCAACGACCGCGUCGGCGUCUACUACGACCGCCUCGACGUCUACGCCUCCUACAAGUACCAGCAGAUCACGCUCGCCGCCUCGCUCCCGCCGGUCUACCAGGGCCACGGCGACGUCGACGUCUGGUCCCCGGUCCUCGCCGGCCCCAACGUCCCCUUCGCCCCCUACCUCGGCGACGCCCUCGCCAAGGACCUCGCCUCCGGCUACCUCAUCCUCCAGGUCAAGGUCGACGGCCGCGUCCGCUGGAAGGUCGGCAGCUGGAUCUCCGGCCACUACCACCUCUUCGUCACCUGCCCGGCCUUCUUCAUCACCUCCGGCGGCAACGGCUACCCCGGCGCCAGCGGCCUCAAGUUCCAGACCGCCACCUACUGCCGCGUCGAGGUCUAGUCUUCUCUUGUCUUCUCCGGCGACGGCGCGUGUUCAUAGCGGAAUAGAAGUACAUGUCGGUGAUUACUGUAGCGUCGAGGGGUAUAGAGGUAAAUUUAGCGUCGGUUAUAUUUUGUGUUUAAACCUUGUUAAACUUUCAAUUCCACGUUUUAAUUGUUAAUAAAAGGAUAUAAUAAGCAGUAAUAACUAUGGUUAAAGAAAAAAACUCUUCUUUUU